CUGAGAAGCGGGAAAAUGGCGCCGACGUGAGCGUGAGCCUGUGCCGCCAAGGAGGCCGCCCCUGCUGGAGCCAGAGCCACCGAAGGCACGGGAACCAGAGGUCUAACUGAGUAGAGGAUGGGAUCCCAGUCUGAUUCUAACCACGUCUUGCACCAGGAGGAAUUAUCCGGACCCAGCUCGGACACGCUGGCCACUGUAGAAUCCAGCUCCAAUGAGCCUGACAAGGAGGUGGCAUCUCCGGAUGUGGCAGCUACAGCCACUCUUUCCUCCGUGGAGGAGCCCGGCCCUAACCCAACAGCCACGCCACCAGUAUGGGACCGUGGAGGACCUCUGCAGCAAGUUGCCUGUCCAGUCCCAGACAGCUGCCAGACUAGCUCGACCACCAGAGGCGUGGGGACCAAUGAGGACCUUCGGUUGCCUAGACGACGUCCACCACCAGGGAAACAAAUACCCUGCUCUAGCCCUGGCUGCUCCCUCAGUUUCCCCAGUGUUCGAGAUCUGGCACAGCAUCUCCGUACCCACUGUCCACCCACACAGUCACUGGAAGGCAAACUCUUCCGAUGCUCAGCCCUGAGCUGCACUGAGAGUUUCCCCAGCAUGCAGGAGCUGGUAGCCCACGGCAAGCUGCACUACAAGCCCAAUCGAUACUUCAAGUGUGAGAAUUGCCUCCUGCGCUUCCGCACUCAUCGCUCGCUCUUCAAGCAUCUGCAUGUUUGUAUAGACCAUGGUCAGAACCCAGCCCCGCCACCACCCCCUGCCCUGGACAAAGAGCCACCUGUACCUGAGCGUCCCCCAGAGUCCGACCCUUCGUCCUCCCUGGGCCUGCCAUUCCCACUACUUGAGCCUUUCACCUCUGCCCCCACUGGGCCCUUCCUUCCUUACUUGAACCCUGCACCCUUUGGCCUGAGUCCCCCGAGACUGCGCCCAUUCCUGGCUGCCACUCCAGGGCCACCGACAUCCAGCACUGCCAUCUGGAAGAAGAGUCAAGGUGAGUAUAGGAGCAGGUUGCCUACAAAGCUGAUUGAGCCUACUUUUAUUCUGAACUUGAACUGCUUCUUUCCUACAGGUGCUACCAGUAGUCCUAGAAGACCUCAGGGCGGCUCCGAUGCGCCCUCAGGUGCGUGCAGGUGACCACCAGGGACGGGUGGAGGGGCCCUUCAUUCCUGUGCCCUAAGUGGGCCCUGUGAAUGCUGGAAAGCAGCGGUGACUGUCCCUUAAAAUACAUGAUUUUUGCCUUUCAAA